GCACAGAGGGAGAGGGAGGGGAGCAGAGAGAGAGAGAGAGAGAGAGAGAGAGAGAGAGAGAGGAGUGACUACUGAUGCUCCAGUAAUCUGCACUGUGUGAGUCAGUGCUGUGGGCAGAAAAGCAGAAACAGAGGCAGCGGCAACGUGACACACGUUUCUCUCUCACAGCCGUCAACAAUGCAGAAAAGCAGGAUGGGAAACCUGAACGCGAGGAGGAAGUGAGCAAGCCGUCUAGAAAACAAGCAGGGAGGUCGCAAAAGUGGACACAUCUUCAGCAACAAAAGGGAAGGAGAUCCGGUGGCUCGCUGUUGCCAGGGGGGAGAGAGGCAUGAGUACAGAGCAGUAGAAGCUGUGUGAGGCUGAUUGACUCGAGUGCCAGCUCCAUCUGAGCCACAGGACAGGCGGGGUUGAACGGCACGACUGCAGAGUUGGAAGCGGUUUUAAGGUCCGACGUGGAGGCAGUGGGAAAAGGCUGAGCAGGGAUGUCCUGGUUGUCUCCAGUCCAGUGGGCUAAGUGGACCUGGUCAGCAGUGACCGGGGGGACAGGGGACGAAGGGCAGGCGGGGCAACAAGGAAACGAGGAUGACGACGAGCACAAUUCGGACUCGGAGGGGAACUAUGAGACUCCAGAAGCAGAGUCUCCAGGAGUUGUGAAGCUGCUGACCCAACUGGACAACUCCAGCCAUGCAGGUCUUCCUGGACAUGAUGGACCGCUGACACGACACCCCUUCCUGGACAAGAACUCCAACCAGGAUGUCAGUCCUGUCUCGCCCCAAGACGUUGAUACCCUGAACAACCUCACUGGCUCCUCCCCGAACAACAACAGCUUUGAUUUGGACCAGAACCUCAAUCUGACCCUGAGCACCAAGCCCGGUCCUGGAGGGGGGCUCGCUCCGUCCCCCCCGCUGUCCCAGCCUCAACCCCUCCGGCCCCCAACGCUGAGUGUCCCGUCCCCGCUCAACAGGCCUGACCCUGCGGAGGUGGAUGACGAGGCUCAGAUGACAUCAGACUCCAGCCCUGACUCAAACCUGAACCCCAGCCAUGACCUGUGCGUGGACCCCGACCUGCUCAAUGGCAACAUGAACUGUGACCCCCUCCUGUCGGACACACAGCUCACCUGUAACCUGGAGGGACAGUCGCCUAGGAAACCCGGCGGCACCAUCAUCACGAACACUUGCAAAGUCAAGCAGAGCCAGCUGCAGCAAAAGGACAUGAGUGGACAGGAUGACCACAGCGGAGGCCACGCCACAGACGAGGAGAAGCUGGCCAACAGUGCCAGCGUCAAACCAGACAAGGACCAAAGCAACCCAGAGUGCUGUGUGACAUCCGGACCUGACGAGUCAGACUGCUGCUCUAAGUAUGAGGAUCCCUGCAAGCUGAAGAACAAGUUGGGAGGAAGUGAGAUCCAGAAAACAGGAAGUCAGGUCCUGGACUCCAUCUGCAUCAGCGGGGAAGAGAAACAGGCGGUUCUCACCCUCAUCAGGGAGGAGAUCAUCACGAAGGAGAUGGAGGCCAGUGACUGGAAGAGGAAGUUCGAGGAAAGUAGACAAGAAGUCAGUGAGAUGAGGAAAAUCGUUGCAGAAUAUGAGAAGACAAUCGCUCAGAUGGUCGAGGAUGAGCAGCGCAACAACUUGAGCUCCCAGAAGUCGUUGCAUGCAAUGACCAUGGAGAAGGAAGCUGCCCUGGCAGACCUGAACUCUGUCGAGCGCUCUCUGUCUGACCUGUUUCGGCGCUAUGAGAACAUGAAGAGCACCCUGGAGGGCUUCAAGAAGAAUGAGGAGGUGCUGAAGAAAUGUGCUCAGGAAUAUCUGGCCAGAGUCAAACAGGAGGAGCAGAGAUACCAGACUCUCAAACUUCACGCUGAGGAGAAACUUGACAAGGCCAACGAGGAGAUUGCGCAGGUCCGUGCAAAGUCGCGCUCAGAAAACAUGGCACUGACUGCCAGUCUGAGGAAGGAGCAGAUGAAGGUGGAGUCUCUGGAAGGAGCUCUGCAGCAGAAGAAUCAAGAGAUUGAGGAGCUCACCAAGAUCUGCGACGAGCUGAUCGCCAAAAUGGGAAAAAUAGACUGAGAGAGAGAGAGAGAGAGAGAGAGAGACUCCUGUCAAUCAGCCAGUACUGUCCCUCCAGUCCUGCCCACAGCCUCCAGUGAACCCCGCGCAUGAUCCCGGCCAAGACGCAGCUCUCCUUCCCCGUGCCAGCCCUGCAUCUUGGAGAUUGCUUUAUGUACAGGUCAACUCAAUACAAACGUCUAAAGUAACCUCCUGUAUACUACAGCUGAAUGCAGUAUUUGUGACCGGAGCAGCAUUCUGUCCAUGCUAAAUAUUGCUUGAGGUGGGACUCUGUGGUAUUUGGUCGUUCUGUUUUUGUUUGGUUGUAUUUUUUUUUUUUACUCAUUUAUGAAGCCAGCUAGUUCCCUUAUCUUUUCGUCCACCGUGCCAGUGAGCAGCGAUCUCCUUGUAACUUAAAUGGCUAAAUUCUCAACAUGCGGCCAUCUUUUUAAAUGGAUUGUUUGAUAUCUCGGCAACACUCUUUUUUUUAUUUUUUUUUUUUUUAAACCGUAAAGAAGGCUUUUACUCUGAAAGAUGGAUUCUCAGGGGAAAUCGUGGGGCAGAAUAAGGUCAGGGUUGAGAUUCACAAUAAAUGGGCUGAAGGGAAGAUGUUGGGGGUGUUUGAGGAAAACAGAAAGCUUUGAUUAACCUGCGAGGCCUUGGUUUGUUCAGGAAUGAGUCUGGACCACAAGUGAGUCAAAUAGUAGCUACAAAUCAUUCUUACCGUCAGAGAUCAUGACAUUAAGACAGUUCAGGUGGUUUUACGUAAUUUGUCUGUCACAGAUAAAUGUACUAAUUUGGCGAAGAAAGCCAUUCUUUUGUUGAUGUGUUUUUGAAAAACGUACAAAAAGUAUUUGGAACUACUGUUGGACCCUGGUUUUGUCUCGACACAUGGUAGGGCAAAGUUGCCUCUCAGCGCUUAUCCAUCCAGUUUAAUCUCUUAAUAAAGUUAGCACUGAUCUGUCCAAUCAGCACUCAGAGGCAACUUUUCUUGAAGUGGUAUGGAGUGAGAGAAACCAACUACACUACCUUACAGCAUCAGCCAGCCUGUGUUGUUGCCACAGAGCUAAAAAGAAACUGGAAAUAGUUGAAUGAAGUAACUGUAUUUUGGAUGCAAAUAUUAGAAUCUGUUUUUAAAAGUUUAUAAGUGCUGUAAUCUUAUAUCCAUUAAUUUUUUUUUCCUCGAACCAGCACUAUGUCACAGAUUAUGAUUGAUUGUUUCAGUUUUUGUCCCCUAAUCACACGUAUCUCUCACCACUGAUACACGCAGGGAAGUUAUUAAAGAAUCUGAUAAAGUUUGAAUUGAACUGUUUGGUUUGUAGGUGUUAAGAGACGAUAACGAAGACUGUUCAGGAAUAACAUGAGGUCUCGUGACUGUAUUUGCAGCACUGCACUCGACUUAUUGUAACAGAUAAAUACUGUGUCUUUGUGUUUUUACAUUUUUUUUUCAUAGCUUCACAAUUCUCCAAAUGCAGAUUGUUGUUGAUAGGUCACCAAGUGUUCAGCACAGUGCUUCUGCAUACAAUAGGUGACAUUAUAAUUUGGCAACACGUGCUUCCAUGACGUGACACACACACCCCUUAAUGUGCCACUGUUUAUCUCUGUGCCAUUUUCAUGCGAUGUUACACAACCAGUUUUGUUUUGUUUUUUCCAGAAAAUAUUGCUUUGCUGUUUUUCUAUGUCAGUGUUCCCUUCCUGAAUUAUUGUUUGAUAUUUGUAAAAGAGAAAUAGCAAUCGCCCACCUGUGAUGGACACAUUGUGGACUAACAGCGUGAGUGUGUGUACAUUUGCUUGAAUAAAUAUAAAUAUAAUUUGUUCUACUA